GUCGCGCAGAAUAUUGGGUUGAAGCAGACACUCUGUGGUUGGAGAAUCGCGGCGAUGGCGACUUGGGUCUUCUACCGGACGGAUUGAUAGUGGCCUUGGAUAUGACUCGUAUGUAUUUCUUAAAGUGUAGUUUAUUGCAAACCCGGUGCACGGAUCGUCAAUUGAAUGAUUUGGCAUUUCCAUUAUCAGUGCUGUAUACAUGAAUUCAAUGUCUUCACUCUAAGUCACAUUUUCACAACGGGAUCAUCAGGAUAGCACCUCAUCUGUUGCUAGUUCUCUUUGACUGAGAUUUGGGGUCAAGUGAGGAAGGCAUGUGUUCCUUGUCCAGUGACCCACACUCCUUCACAGGGGCCAUGGAGGAGGAGGGGCAGGAGAGCAUGGAAUGUAUCCAGGCCAAUCAGAUCUUCCCCAGGAAGCCCCCAGUCCUGGAGGAGGAGAGCCUGCAGGUGCCCUUUCCUGAGCUGCAUGGCGAGUUCACAGAGUACGUGGGUAGAGCGGAGGAUGCCAUCAUCGCCAUGUCCAGAUACCGCCUCCACAUCAAAUUCAAAGAGUCCAUCGUCAACGUCCCUCUGCAGCUCAUAGAGACUGUGGAGUGUCGUGACAUGUUCCAGCUCCAUGUCACCUGCAAGGACUGUAAGGUCGUCAGGUGUCAGUUCUCUACAUUGGAGCAGUGUCAGGUGUGGCUGAAGCGGCUGAGCGCUGCGGUCCGCCCUCCGUCUCUCCUGGAGGACCUCUUCUCCUUCGCCUUCCAUGCCUGGUGUGUGGGCGUGUACGCCGGGGAGAAGGAGCAGCAGGGGGAGCUGUGCAGGCCAGGUACGCUGGCGGUGACACCGGUGUCCUCGGACCUCUACUCAAUUGGUGACAGACAUAAGUCCUCACAUCUCCUCUGUGUCCCUGUGUGCCCGUUAGGAGAGCAUGUGACCUCCUGGUUCAAGAACGAGGUGGAGAGGAUGGGCUUUGACACUCAAAAUGCCUGGAGGAUAUCCGACAUCAACAGCAAGUUCAGACUGUGCUCUAGCUAUCCGCAGCAGCUCCUGGUGCCAGCCUGGAUCACAGACAAGGAGCUGGAGAACGUGGCAGCCUUCCGUUCCUGGAAGAGGUUCCCGGCUGUGGUGUUCAGGCACCAGAGCACGGGGGCUGUGAUCGCCCGCUGCGGCCAGCCGGAGGUCAGCUGGUGGGGCUGGAGGAAUGCAGACGACGAGCACCUGGUCCAGUCCAUCGCCAAGGCCUGUGCUGUAGAUGGCAGCUCCCGUAAACACCUGGACAUCGGAUCCGACACCAACGGAACCAAUGAAAUCAAUGGCACCAAUGACCUCGUCGACACAGACUUCGAAUCGUCCCUGACGAACAGCUCGGAGGUGGAGACGCUGGCCAUCCAGCCACAAAAGCUGUUGAUCCUGGAUGCCAGGUCCUAUGCAGCCGCUGUGGCCAACAGAGCCAAGGGAGGGGGCUGUGAAUGUCCAGAGUACUACCCCAACUGUGAGGUGGUGUUCAUGGGCAUGGCUAACAUCCACUCCAUCCGCAAGAGUUUCCAGUCCCUGCGCUUCCUCUGCACCCAGAUGCCCGACCCGGCCAACUGGCUGUCUGCUCUGGAGAGCACCAAGUGGCUGCAGCACCUGUCUCUGCUGCUGAAGGCGGCCCUGCUGGUGGUGAACGCUGUGGACCGCGACCACAGGCCCGUUUUGGUGCACUGCUCUGACGGAUGGGACCGCACACCCCAGAUCGCCGCCCUAUCCAAGCUGCUGCUGGACCCAUACUACCGCACCAUCGAGGGUUUCCAGGUGCUGGUGGAGACUGAGUGGCUGGACUUUGGUCAUAAGUUUGCUGACCGCUGUGGCCACGGGGAGAAUUCUGAGGAUCUGAACGAGCGCUGCCCAGUGUUCCUGCAGUGGCUGGACUGUGUGCACCAGCUGCAGAGGCAGUUCCCAUGCUCCUUUGAGUUCAAUGAGGCUUUCCUGGUGAAAAUGGUGCAGCACUCCUACUCCUGUCUGUUUGGCACCUUCCUGUGCAACAGUGGGAAGGAGAGGGAGGACAGGCGCGUUCGGGAGAGGACCUGCUCCGUGUGGUCACUGCUGCGACCAGCCAACCGCGUCUUGAGGAACAUGCUCUACUCCUCCCACUCCGAGACUGUGCUCCACCCUGUGUGUCACGUGCGUAACCUGUUGCUGUGGACGGCAGUCUACCUGCCCAGCUCCUCCCCCACCACCCCCUCUGAUGAGUCGUGUGCACCGUAUCCUGUGCCAGGUACCAACACAGAAGACACGCCCCUGGGCAGACGUCCGAAGACCCGUUCCUUCGAUAACUUGCCCAGCGCCUGUGAGCUGGGGAGCUCGCUGGCCCCAAACCGGCGCUCCAGUGACCCGAGCCUGAAUGAGAAGUGGCAGGACCACCGGCGCUCUCUGGAGCUCAACAUUGCUGUGGGGCCUGACGCAGGGGGAGCUCAGCAACAGGAUGGGCGGGCUAACGGCCAGCCUGUAGCAGCAGGGCCUCAGGCAGGCAUGGCCGACUCUGAGCUGGAGGUCAGCCCUGAAGGCCAGCAGACUGAGCUGAGAGACGGUGCCUCCAAGGGGUCAUUAGCAGCAGGAGAAGCGAUAGAGCUGUCCAUUGAGCUAGCUGUGGCAGAGGGACAGAUGGAGAACAUUCUCCAGGAGGCAACGAAGGAGGAAGCUGGUGCUGAGGCUCAGCGAGAUGCUAACGCUACUGCUGCCGUGGCUGGAUCUCCGAUCGAUGCUAACGCUAAUGGAACAGAGACGGAGAAAGAGGUUAAGGAAAGUGAUGCUGAGACUGAUAAACAAGCUAACGCCAAUGGGGCUGAGACUACUAUAACUAAUGGUCAUCACCCAGGGAAUGGCACAGAUGAGCCUGAAGAGGAGUCUGGUGUGUCUCCAGCCAGUCCCCCCCUGCCCACUGAUGUGUCCACAGAUGUUCCAGAGGAGCAGGAGGCCCUAGAGAGGCGAGAGUCAGAGGAGCUGGUGGUGCAGGUUCUGGAGAACUGUACUGCCCAGGAGGAGCCAGAACACAACCCUACCCCCAGCACAGCCCAGCCAGCCCCCGCUGCCCCUAGAACUUUGACCAAUGGCUUUGGAGCGAGGACACCAGAGGAGCCAGAGACAGCUGUGUAUCUCCUCCCACUAGAGCCUGAGUCCAGCAGACACCACUCAGAGGCCCUGGUGCAGGCAGACACGAGUUCUUCCCUCAUGGAGAGUUCCACAGAGACUCUGACUGAAGAGGCCUGCAGCAGGCCAGAGGCCCCAGUGCAGGCACCCAUCUGCCCAUGCCCCCAGCCCCGGACUGAAGGCAGGAGCCAACUUUCCUGUCUCAGGAGAGUGAACGGGGAGGCAGAGCCAGAGCAGGGGGCAUCCAGGACUUUAAAUGGAGGACACAAGCGGCCCUCUGUCAGUGCCUUCCAGUCUUUGAGUGCUGAGCCCAGCAGGGAGGGUCUAUAUAAUGUCGAGAGCUCAGAGGGGGAGCCCUGUGGUGGCCUUCACUGGGCCAAGGUGAAUGGGGAGCGGGCCCAACUGAGCCGCCAGGUCUCCCUGGCCUCCUGCAGCUCCCUGACCCUCCAUCGCCGGGGCAGCUGCUCCCAGCACCGCUGCCUCCACACCCUACUGGGGCGCCGCGCCGCCACGCCCAGCCCCGAACAGCCGGCCCGCAGUCACCUGGACGACGACGGGCUGACGCUCCACAUGGACACCAUCCAGCAGCGGCUGAGGCAGAUCGAGGCAGGCCACCAGUUGGAGGUUGAUAUGCUGAAGAAGCAGGUGCAGGAGCUGUGGAGCCGCCUUGAGAGCCAUCACCACGCAGCGUCCCUCAGGAUCAACGGAGACAUCGGAGACGAAGUGACCUCAAUGACAGACUCGGAGUGUAACCUGGACGCUAACUGCCUGUCGCGCUGCAGCACGGAGCUCUUCUCUGAGGCUAGCUGGGAGCAGGUGGACAAGAAUGACACUGAGGUGACCCGCUGGUACCCGGACCACUUGGCAGCUCAGUGCUACGGGUGUGAGAGUAGGUUCUGGCUCGCCACCAGGAAGCAUCACUGCAGUGACAGGGAGCCUGUCCAAGAGGCCUGGAACUGUGGGAAUGUAUUCUGUGCCAGCUGCUGCGACCAGAAGAUCCCUGUGCCAAGCCAGCAGCUGUUUGAGCCCACCCGUGUGUGUAAGACCUGCUAUGGCAGCCUCCAGAUCAAUACAACUCCCAACCCCAUGGAGCUGGAGGAACCAAUCACAGCCAGCUCCAACUAAGGGGCUGGGCCUGCCAGCCAGCCACUGACACAGCCAGGCACACUGCUGAGAAGCCCAAGGAGCUGCAGAAUGUCCCGUGUGUGUGUGUGCUGCAAAAUAUGGAUUUUCAUGUAUAUAGGCCUGCAAUGCCGGAUGUAGUGGAGGAGGUGAAUUAGGUCUUUUUUGUGAGAUGCUAAGCACUUUGAAUGGUGGUUAUGCACAGGAAUGAGUAAAUGGGCAGACAUAUGGAGGGAGGGGUGUGUGACAACACACAGGACUGCUGGUAGUGUUGGUGGAGGGACUGCGAUGGAGUGAGGAUGGCCUGCCUGGUCCCGCUGGCGAGGGGGGGGGGGGGGCACAAGAGAGUCAUCUCUGAAUGAUGCUGCAAAGUCUUUGAGGGCUUGGGUUCAUCUGAAACAUUUUUUUUUAAAGUUUUUUUUACCCCCACUCACAUUUCUCUCUGACGAUUAGUACCAUCAUCCGUCCUCUAGUAAAAGCUUCAGGAACCUCUUCCAGUGUCCAGAAUAGGGCUGGACUGUGAUGGCAAGACCUUUCAAAGAUAUCUGGGGAACACCUGGAUGAACUUGGGCAGAAUUCUAACUUAUGUGUCUGAAGUUGGGACUCUACCCUAAGCAGGGAGAGGAUUUGUGAGCCACAGAUCUAAAAAGUGUUUGCUUGAAUGGCAUCAAGGUAUGAAUCCUCACCUAGCUGGUUUCAUUUUGCCCUCUCUUGGAAUAGGUGCCAUAAACCGAUAGCAGACAGUGUGGAUCAGGGGUCAGCAAGCCUGUUCCUGGAGUGACAGAAAUAUGGCAGGAUUUUGUUCCAACUAGGCACCACGCCUGACCAACUGAGCUAAUUGAUCAGUUCAAUGGUUGCCUAAAUUAAACACACCUGGUCUUCCGGGUCGGUUAAAUCAAACAUGAAGUGCCUGCAGCCCUCCAGGACCAGGGUUACAUACUCCUGGUGUCGAUAAUGUUGACAGCUGGUAUUAUGACAGACAGCCAUUCAGCACUGGCUCUCUCUUACACACGGAGUCCCUGACUGGAAAGAGCAUCUGAUCUGAAUGACAGCACGGUGGCAUUGUCACUUGAUAUCAAAUACAUAAUACGCUCAUGGGUUUUGUCUGCCACGGAGAGGCUGUGGAAAUGAACUCGUUAACUUUGCCUUCAUGCCCUUCACUUAAAAUUAGGAUGAACCCCCCCCCUAAUUUACCCAGCAGGCACUGGGACCAUGGUGGUGCUGAAGUGGACAUGACAUCAUGUAUCAUCCAUCACAAUCACGGUUUAAUAGGAAGUGAUGUAAUGGUUGUCACUAAGAGAUAUGCUUCUGUCAUGUUUCCUCCUGUAAUGACAGGAACUCAUUUAACAAUAUGUCCUUGUUAGCAGGAGGGGUGAACUAGUUACCCAACAUUGACUGCUUAGUUUACUCUUUUGCUAUUUGUUGAACAUGAAUUUUUAUUUUAGGGCUUUCAUUAGAGCCAUAAAUGCAUCACAAUGUUUCCCUUUGAACAUCCUCAUAGCCACCCUUGCAUCAUGUCCUAUAUAAACCAAGGAAGUGCUGGAUAGUACAAGGUGAUGAAAUGUAUAGUACAGCGUCUGUGUGGAACUUCCAGUGACACUAGAGGGUGCACUUCUCCUGGCUGGUUAGCGCAGUCUUCACCAGCUGAAAUGAGAUGAGUAGCUUAUUUUAUCUCCUCAGAGACACCUUACCCUGCCCAGGGGCCAUUCAAUGACCUCCUCGCAGAUACAUUUUUGUAAAAUAAAUGAAUAAAUAAGAAAUUAAAUAAUAUAUUCACAUAAGUAUAUACCAUUAAAGAAACUGUAUAGAAUCCUUGAGUAGUGGUUCACUAAAUUAGUCAGCAAAAGUUAUUAUUUUUUUUCAUUUGUAAUUUUUCUUUUUGUUUGCAGAAAAAAAGAUGGAUUUUUUUUCAGAGGACAUGGUGUUCCUUUUUUUGAUGCUGCCGUGGUUCUACCUUUUUUAAUGCUAUCACUACCUUUUUUAUUUAUUUAUUGACUUUUUUUUUUAAAUUUUUUUUUUUUGAAUUUGUCUCAAAUUUAAACAAUUCGAUUGCCACAGGAUAAUCAGUGUUUAUCAGUAGUGGAAGGGCAAUGAGAAGAUGACCCACAUCAAUAAGAGAUGGCCUAUACUCUGACACAUUGGUGGUCCAAAACAAGCAACAUUUACUAUACCCCCACUCAUAUACACACUACCUCUACCAUACACAGAUCCAGACAGAAAGUCCACACGUACAUGGACACAGAUAUCGUCUCCCUGCGCUCGCAGUAGUUCAAAUUUGCUUUUCAGAUGUUCAUAGUCAGAAUAACCUUUUGUUAUUAAUUUAGUGUUUUACAAGCUAUCAGUUGGAACAUUAAAUGUACAAAACAACCCUAGACUAUAUCCUGCUCAAGACUGCCAAUCAUUAAUACUUACAUUUGUUGUACUAGCAGGACACCUAAUUGAGUUGCAGGAUUUCAGCAAAUUUGGUUAUAAUUCACUCUAUCGGAUCAGCCAGCCUAUGUGCAAAAGGGCCACUGUAUAGUUUGGACAGCCAUUUUGUGAACUAUUUGAGGGACAAAACUCGGGACUGUUGAUUUCUUUCAAUGCCCUUUUGAAUCGCUUUUAGCAUAUACGUUUCAAUGGCUGAGCUGAGUAGUCCAUAGCUUCAGAUCUCGAAGCCAUGCAGGUCUUUUUGGUUAUCAUUUUCCAAACUGAGGUUUGACAUUGAGGGCUAAAUAAGGUCCAAAGUAAUGUCUGGCCACUAAUUUACUUCUGGCUUCCAGCUGUGUCCCUGCCGCCCUCUGCCAUGUUGAGGACGAGGCUAGUAUAGGGCCGUUUCACCAUCACAUGCAUGAUGGGCACCAAACUUGUCUGUCCAACAAUCCAUGAAUGUGAAUGGUAAAAAUAUUUAAGUGACAAUGUUUUUGCGCAGCAUUUAAGUUUUUAUCAGAGUAUACACUGCCACAGAAAUACAUUGAACAAUAAAGCUGAAAAUGAAAGUCUGCUGUUCUAGUCAGUAUUAUGUUACCCACAGAGGGACUCAUGAGGAAUGAGCCUGUUUUUGUUUCGGUGCUGUUGUGGGGCAUGGCUGGAUGUGAUGGCAAUAUGUGGUAGGGGUUGGAUUUUUACGCAUUGUCUGUCUGGAGGUUCCCUCGCUACUCUUUGACCAGUUGGAGUUGUUAGUGAUCUUGGUCUUUUGCUUAUUACUGUUCACUGCCCAUCAAGUAGUUUCCUGUACGACGCAUUGCUGCAAUGGCACGGUCAUCGGGUGUAAAUGCAAGUGUGUUUGGGAGCGUGUACGAGAUUGUGUGUCUCUGUCGGCGGGAGACUGGUGCCAAGCAGUUAUAACACAGGUCUGUAACAAAGGGAUCACUUAUGUGCUUUUCUUUUCCACCUUUUCCCUUCUGUUAAACAAGCACUUUCAACCUUCUCAUGUUUCUAUCCACGAAGACUUUAUAUAGCUGUUUCCAGGAACAGGACAUAGCUGUUUGUUUAUCUAUUUUGUUUUGAAUUUGCUUUAAAGAGCAUUACAUUGAUGUAGAAUUAAAGGAAAAUAAAAUGGGCUAUUUCCAUCU